CCGUAAAAUUCUGACGUCAUAAAACAAAAUUCUGACGCUACAAUGGAAAAGUGAUUGUUGUAUGCAUCAAAAGGUCAAGCGGCUGAGUAAGCUAUUAGCGAUAAGGUGUAUUGUUUUCUGCUUCACACUCGCAGGCUGAUUCAGUAAUUAAUGUUGACUGCCACAGGCUGAAUUUCUGCUGAGGUUUUUUUCCUUGCUACCUAGGAUAUAAUAGUGUACAACAGUGACAUAGGAACAAGUGUUCUUUUGUGCCCCUGGGAAAAUUCAUCCAUAUAAACUGAACACUGCUUACACUUUGAAUACAGAGUAACCAAUUGAUGCACUCUAAAAUGUUUUUAGACAAGAGAUGAACUACUCUAGAUAAAGACAUUUAAAACGUCUGGUCAAGAUAAAAAAAUUGUGAAUGCCGCCCAUAGUUAUGAACUCGGCUAAUUUAUCCGAUGAGGUGUCCAAGCUUCUGGACUUUAGCCAGAAGCUCGAUAUCAACCUUCUGGACAAUGUGGUUUCCUUAAUGUACACUGGCAAUGGCACUCAGCAAAAAAUGGCACAACAAGUUUUGACAGCAUUAAAAGAACACCCUGAUGCAUGGACCAGAGUGGAUACAAUUUUAGAAUAUUCUAGUAAUCAACAGACUAAAUAUUACGCACUACAAAUAUUAGAGAAUGUUAUUAAAACACGAUGGAAGGUUCUUCCUAGAGCUCAAUGUGAAGGAAUAAAGAAAUAUAUUGUUGGUCUCAUCAUAAAAACAUCAUCAGAUAGUGCUUCACUAGAAAAGGAAAAGGUUUACUUAGGCAAACUUAAUAUGAUUCUUGUGCAAAUAUUAAAAUACGAGUGGCCAAGAAAUUGGCCUUCUUUUAUCAGUGACAUUGUUGGUGCUAGUAAAACAAAUGAAUCGCUUUGUCAGAAUAAUCUUACAAUCAUGAAAUUAUUAAGUGAAGAAGUAUUUGACUUCAGUAGUGGUCAGAUGACACAAGCUAAGGCAAAACAUUUAAAAGACAGUAUGUGCAGUGAAUUUUCAUCAGUUUUUCAACUGUGUCAGUUUGUUAUGGAAAACUCCCAGAAUGCUCCAUUAGUAGGAUCAACAUUAGAAACAUUACUAAGAUUUCUUAAUUGGAUUCCAUUAGGUUAUAUUUUUGAAACAAAACUGAUAACAACUCUUAUUUAUAAGUUCUUGUCUGUGCCAAUGUUUAGAAAUGUCACUUUAAAAUGUCUCACAGAAAUAGCUGCUGUACAAGUAUCGCAAUAUGAUGAACAGUUUAUCCAGUUAUUUACUCUUGCCAUGACACAACUCAAACAGGUUUUACCUUUACAAACAAAUUUGAAAGAUGCCUACCAGAAAGGAACAGAUGAUGAACAGAAGUUUAUUCAAAAUCUCAGUCUUUUCUUGUGUACGUUUUUAAAAGAACAUGGCAUGUUGAUAGAGAGAAAAACAGAAUUACAUGAAGAAUUGUUGGAGGCAUUACAUUAUCUCAUCCUCAUCUCUGAAGUAAAGGAUGUCGAAAUCUUCAAAAUAGUUUUAGAGUAUUGGAAUACUUUAGCAUCAGAUUUGUAUAGGGAAAGUCCAUUCACAACAUCUACAUCCCCAUUAUUAAUUGGAAAGUCUCAUCAUAAUGAAAUGCCAGCUAGAAGGCAGUUGUAUAAUCAAGUUUUAUCUAGGGUAAGGAGAGUUAUGAUAUCUAGAAUGGCUAAACCUGAAGAAGUAUUGGUUGUGGAAACUGACCAAGGAGAGGUUGUCAGAGAAUUUUUAAAAGACACAGACUCUAUUAACUUAUAUAAAAACAUGAGGGAAACAUUAGUAUACUUGACUCAUCUUGACUACGCAGACACAGAAUCAAUAAUGACAGAAAAAUUACAUAAUCAGGUCAAUGGUACAGAAUGGUCGUGGCAAAACUUGAACACAUUAUGUUGGGCAAUAGGCUCAAUAAGUGGGGCUAUGCAUGAAGAUGAUGAAAAAAGAUUCUUAGUAACCGUUAUAAAGGACUUGUUAGGGUUGUGUGAACAAAAAAGAGGAAAAGACAAUAAAGCUAUAAUAGCUAGUAAUAUUAUGUAUGUGGUGGGACAGUAUCCAAGAUUCCUUCGUGCUCAUUGGAAAUUCCUGAAAACAGUAGUUAACAAAUUGUUUGAAUUCAUGCAUGAGACACAUGACGGUGUGCAGGAUAUGGCAUGUGAUACAUUCAUCAAAAUAGCACAAAAAUGUAGAAGACAUUUUGUACAGGUUCAGGUUGGAGAAGUGAUGCCAUUCAUUGAGGAAAUAUUAAAUGGAAUUAAUACAAUUAUUUGUGAUCUCCAGCCACAACAAGUGCAUACGUUCUAUGAGGCAGUAGGUAUGAUGAUAAGUGCUCAGACUGAUCAAACAGCUCAAGAACACUUGAUAGAACGUUAUAUGUUGUUACCUAACCAAGUGUGGGAUGGUAUCAUUAACCAAGCAACACAUAAUGUGGAAGUACUGAAAGAUCCUGAUGCAGUCAAACAGUUAGGAAAUAUCUUAAAGACAAAUGUCAGAGCUUGUAAAGCUUUAGGACAUCCAUAUGUUGCACAACUUGGAAGAGUUUACUUAGAUAUGCUGAACGUUUAUAAAGUAAUGAGUGAGAACAUUAGUAGUGCAAUAGCCAGCAAUGGUGAAAGUGUAACCAAACAACCUCUCAUUAGAAGUAUGAGAACAGUAAAGAAAGAAGCGUUAAAAUUGAUCUCUGGAUGGGUUAGCAGAUCAAACGAUCCUCAAAUGGUUGCUGUUAAUUUCAUCCCACCAUUACUAGAUGCUGUAUUGUUAGAUUACCAGAGAAAUGUUCCAGCAGCCAGAGAACCAGAAGUACUCAGUACAAUGGCCUCAAUUGUUAACAGAUUAGAGGGUAAUAUAACAAAUGAUAUUCCUCAGAUAUUUGAUGCAGUAUUUGAAUGUACAUUAGAAAUGAUCAACAAAGAUUUUGAAGAGUUCCCAGAACACAGAACAAAUUUCUUUCUGUUGUUACAGGCAGUCAAUACACAUUGUUUCCAAGCCUUCCUAAAUAUUCCACCAGCACAGUUCAAAUUAGUGUUAGACUCUAUAAUAUGGGCAUUCAAACAUACAAUGAGGAAUGUAGCAGAUACAGGCCUUGACAUUCUCUAUCAGUUAUUACAAAAUGUGGCACAAAAGGAAGAGGCAGCUCAGAGUUUUUAUCAAACUUAUUUCAAAGACAUCUUACAACAUGUUUUCUCCGUUGUAACUGAUAGUUCUCACACAGCAGGGUUAACCACACAGGCUACAAUAUUAGCAUAUAUGUUUUGUUUGGUUGAAAACGGUAAAAUUACUGUGGCUUUGGCAGGCAGUGGUGACAAUUCACAGAAUGUUCAGCAUAUUAUGCAGUUCCUGUUAGAAUUACUCAAGCAUGCCUUUCCACAUCUAAAUGAGCCACAAAUCAAAGUAUUUAUUGAAGGACUGUUUAGUUUUGACCAAGAUAUUCCUUCUUUCAAAGAACAUCUGCGAGAUUUCUUGGUUCAGAUCAGGGAAUAUGCAGGGGAAGAUAAUGCUGAUCUGUUUUUGGAAGAACGAGAGACAGCAAUCAAAAGUGCACAAGAAGAAAAACGUAAACAGCAGCUAGCUGUUCCUGGUAUCAUUGGACCACAUGAAAUCCCAGAAGAAAUGCAAGAUUGACAUUUUAUUGAUUAUUUCACCCCAUGAAAUAAUAUUUUAAAUAAACAUUUACUUUUGAAACCUUUAGAUAUCUUCUUUCAACUUGUAUGCAUGCCACAUAUACAUGCACUUUGAAAAUAACUGUUUGAUAUACAUAUAACUUUUUACCUGAGUUACCUGAGUACACAUAUUUCAUUUUGCCUUUUUUUAAUCAAGAGGUAAAUUAUUUUAUCAAUUGAGAUAGAUCAUGUUUAUCUCCUGUUAAUAUUUUUUUUGAAAGACUUUGUUCCUUUCAAAUAUAUAAUAAUACUUCAUAAUGAAGUUCAAUUAUCAAUGAUCAUUUUUGUUAGUGCCAUUUUGUGAUAUGAAAUAUCUGUACAUCAUGGUAGUAUAUUUCCAUUUGUUUAUAUUCUAAAACAUGAGAUGUUUCAGUGCUUUCAUUGUGUAUUUAAUGGCAUGUACAUUUUUUGUGUAAAUUUGUAAAUACAUAAACAAGUAGUAUAUAUGUAUAUAAGUGUUCAUUCUUCAUGUAGGGUCUGAAUUGGCAAUGCUUGUGUCUCAUAAAACAUGUCCCUGGUUAUCUAGCCUUCUCUAGAUGUCAUAUCAUUAGAUAAAGCUCUCACAAUACAUAACAUUAAAAACUGCAUAGCAAUGUCAUUUCAGUUGGUAUUUAACCUAUAAGAUGUAGCAGAUCUUGAUAAAGACACUUUUUUUUGUUAUUUUUUUCCCUCCAUUAUAAACAACUGCCAAAUUUAAGUUCCUUUAGUAGUUUCUUAAAUAUCUAUAAAAAGAUAUAGUUAUCUGUGGUCUGCAUUAAUUAGUUAGCUAAAUUUGAAGAAAAAUGAAUCCUUUUAAAGUAUAUAAAGUAAGCUUGAAAAAUGUUUAUAAAUAGAAGCUUAUUUAUCAGAUUAUAGAUUAGGUGUCAGAUUAGUAUGUGAUGAUGAAGAUAAUUAUUGUUUAAUCUGUAUCAAAUGUUUGACCUGUUUAUAUGGAAAGGUCAGUUUUCAUGAUGUCUGAAGUAAGGUUGUAUAUGACAGUAAAAAGUUAGCCUCCAUUUCAAUCUAUUUAGUCUGGUUUGUUUAUAUGCAAUUUCUGUUUAGCUGAAACAAUAUCCAAAAACAUGUUCUUCAGUUAAUUUUUUUGAAUCCAAUCUAUCAAAUCAAAUCUUUGCUUAAUAAGCAAAUUUAUGAAAUGUGUUAAACGUUUGGUAAAUAGCUAUUAAAGCAUUCUUUUUAUAAAUAUUUAUAUUUAAAAUGCAAUGUUUAAAAGAUUUGAACUUGUAUAUCUGUUUUGGAGGGGUAAUUUGCAUACAUUUUGGUCUAGUUUUAAUUACCGUAUUUAGGAGAAAUCAUGUACACUAUAAAUGUUCUUGUGAAAAAGUCCUAGAUAUUAUUAUAUGAUGAUGCAUAUUAACCUGAAAGUUGUCAUUUUUACUCAUCAUUUUAUUCAUAGUAUAGUUUUCCAAUAGCAUAAGACAUUACUUAUAAUAUACCUGUUACAGUAGGUUAUACUGUAUAUGUACUUUUUUUCAUGUGUAUUUGAUAUUUGCGGUUUUCUAAAAAAAAAAGGGUCUUUAAAUUAAACAAAACGAAAGAAACAGAGAUUAUUCAAUCAUCAAAACAGUCCUCAGUUGGAUAGAGGUUAUCUGAAUAAGUUAUUUAUAGUAACACAUUUAAUUGUCAUAUUUGGAUUUUGGCAUAAUUACGUUUAAUCCUUCUAUCCUUUACCCUUUUACCUACAGAUGACGAUUAGUCAUUGUUUUCUGGGAUCAAAACUCAUUUUAUACUUCCUGUUGAAAAAACAUUGCAAACAAGUCUUCUUUGUUUAUUUGUUGUCCAUAAUAAAAGUGUAAACAUGGCACUUCUUAUGGUUGAAAAUGAUGGGAAUUUACAACCUUGUAAAAAAAUCAAACUUUUGGGUUAAAAACUAUUUUGUGUCCAAUGGACAAAUUUACUGUGAAUUUUAUUUAUUGCAAUGCUGAAAAUUUUAUCAAAACAUAAAGAAAACAAAGUCCAUGAUGUAAGUGAAUAAAAAAUGAAAUAAAUGAAAAGUUUAAAAAAAAAAGUUCUUCCACUUACAACCAAGGAAGCCAUCGUCUCAGAAUAACUACUGUCAGGGCAGCUAUCAGUGAAAGGGUUAAUUGAUUUUUUUAUGGAUCACUGUUAUAUCAUAAUCACAGUUGAAGUAAUAUAAACAAAUUAAACAUGCAUGUACAAUUGGUUAUUCCGGUGUUAUUUAUUUAAUCAAUUGUAUAUGCAUGCAAGCUGUUUUUGUAUUCACAUGUACAUAAUUUUGCAAAAUUCAGGAAAAUAAUGCACAGCGGAAAAUAGUACACAUACAGAAUAACAUCUCUAAAAGAAAUGCUUGACAGUUGAAUAUUUGUUUAAAAUCUUGGUUUCUUUUCACACAAAAUCUUGUGACAAAAAUUGAUAGUUUGUUAUACUAAAAUGUUCAUGACAGUCAAGUAUUAUUUCUUAUUAGAUGUUUUGUGAAAUAAGUCACUGGUCUCAAUGAAAAAAAAUAGAAAAUAAGCCAACAAGAUGUUUUUAUUACAGUUUAUGAUGAAAGAAAUUACAGUAGUGUAGUAAAUAUAAGAAAUUAUUGUCAAGAUUUAGGAUGGUGUAUAUUUGUGAUUAUGUCCCAGGUUAUAAUUUUUGUGGUCAUAUUUAUAGUACAUGUAGUCAUACACUUUUGUUCAUCAUGUGUUAGUUAUCUACAUUUUCUAAUAGAUCUGUGAAAAUUACAGACAAUAAAGUAUUGAAAACCCUUUAAAA